AUGGCUCUUUUGGGGUGGGUUCCAGGUCCUCAAGUUGGAGGAGCGUUAGGUGGUGGUGGGGAUCCUUCACAACCCAGGUUCAUUCACAACGAGUCGGGACGGUUUGAAUGCCGGUUCACCAGUGUGACAAUAAAGGAUUCGCCUGCUAUAAUGUUUAGAGGAAUGGAGGGCAGUACAUUAGGUGUGUGGGCUGCCCAUGGUGAGGGAAGAGCAUAUUUCCCCGAUGACGGUGUUCUUGAUCGUGUGCUACACUCAAAGUUGGCACCAGUAAGAUAUUGUGAUGAUGAUGGUAACGAGACAGAACUUUACCCUUUCAACCUCAAUGGCUCUCCCUUGGGAGUUGCGGCAAUUUGUUCCCCAGAUGGGAGGCAUCUUGCGAUGAUGCCUCAUCCAGAGCGUUGCUUCUUAAUGUGGCAAUUCCCAUGGUAUCCCCAGCAGUGGGAUGUGGACAAGAAAGGCCCUAGCCCAUGGUUGCGGAUGUUCCAGAAUGCCAGAGAGUGGUGUUCUUAA